AUCAUAUUUGUAAACAGUUUUUAUAAUAAAUAAAUUAGAUUUGUUUUUAAAUUUUAGUUCCUAAAAUUAAUGAAUUCCAUCAGAAGCGAUACAAAUAUGAGAGAGAGAGAUGAAGAACGCUCACAGUUUGUUGCUGUUACAACCAUAACGGAUUCUCAGGCUAUACGCAGCGUGGACUUUCACCCAGAUGGAAAUCUUUUUGCCGUUGGAUCAAAUUCUAAAACCUUUCGAAUAUGCCAAUAUCCGCAAAUAUCUAAACUGAGACACGAUCAACAUUUUUAUCCUCCAUCUGUUUUAUGCAAACGCACAAAGCAUCAUCGAGGAUCGAUAUAUUGUACGAGUUGGUCAGCAGAUGGCGAACUGGUUGCGACUGGGUCGAAUGACAAGACCAUCAAGUAUAUGCGAUUUAACAAGGAUACGAAUCAGCUGGUGGGUCAAGAGAUUGAACUGAAUAUGCACGAUGGAACUGUCCGAGAUAUGUGCUUCCUCGACAACUCAUCAACCAAAUCCCGAUUACUCGCGAGCGGCGGCGCCGGUGAUUGCAAGAUUUACGUAACAGACUGUGUGACAAGUAUGCCAAUGCACGCUUUUGGAGGACAUAGUGGACACAUAUCAUCGCUGUACAGCUGGAAUAAUACGAUGUUUGUAUCGGGAUCGCAGGAUCAAACGAUACGUUUCUGGGACAUACGAGUUAACGAAGCUGUCAGCUCCUUUGAUCAGGAAUAUAAGCCUGGAGCGCUGCAGAAAUCGCCAGUAACUGCAGUUUGCGUCGAUCCGACUGGGCGACUGCUGGUUUCGGGACACGCGGAUAGCGCAUGCGUGCUAUACGACAUACGCGGCAAUAGGCUAAUACAACGAUUUUAUCCACAUAGCGCGGAAAUUAGGUAAAGUAUAUGUGAAUGCUAAGAUA